CUGACCUUGAGCGAUCCUCCCACCUCGGCCUCCCAGAGUGCUAGGAUUACAGGCAUGAACCACUGCGCCCAGCCCUGGACAGGGGUUUUGUGUUACUGGAAGCCACGUGCAAAUAUACACCAUCAGCAUGUAACUACUACUGGAGAUUAAGGUAGAUUUGGGCUCAGGGUGGGGUCACAGAGUGACAAAGCUGCUCCCAGGGCUGAUGAAGCCAUGGCCACAUUAAUAGAAGCAUAGGAUUCAGACCAGGGGAGGUGAGGGUUCUGUGCUCUUCUGGACUGCCCAGACUCUACCUAGAGAGGCCCUGGUCAAUUGAGGUGACUAUUCCAGAAGCGAGAUUGAUCCACUGGGGUCCAUCUGCUGAGAGUGAUACCAUUUAGAAGCAUUUAGAAACCCUGCUACAUAAGGGACAGGGGAGAAAAUGGGACUUUUUAGUCUGGCAAAGAGACGUCACAGGGGAGACCCCACUAGUCUCUUCAGAUGCCUGCGGGCUGCGGAAUGGAGGAGAGAUUGGCCGCCUUUGUGAAGCUCCACAUGACCAAGAGGAAGUCAAUGGCAGUAUAAAGAGAGCGUGUUAGCAAUCUAGGGCUGACCCAAACUUGAGUGGGUAGCAUUCUCACCCAGGGGACUUCAGAAAAGCACAAGGGCCAGGCCCUGUCAAUCCACGAGCCUGUGCCUCCGAGUUCCUAGCACCCCAGGGGAUUCUGGAGCAGGCCAACGUUUGCCACCCCUGGCUUGGGGGAAAGAAGCCAGCGUUGUGGGGCACCUAGCACGAGCCGGGUGCUGAGCCGGGUGCUAAGCAGGUGCUAAGCUGAUUUUGGCUCAAAUGCUUAGAGCCAAGCGCUGUUACAGAUUGUCUGGGGAAGUGGUGAGUUUCCCAUAAGAAGCGUGCCUAGAAAUCAAACAGGAAAGGAUAAUCAGUGGAAUAGAGAAAGAAGAGUAUGGAGAGAUAACUCCUAGGUGAAGAACUAGAAAUGGCCAAGAAUACUCCUUCCUCAGUUGUGGCAGAGAUCACAAGCUGUUCUCCAGCAUCCACCUUCCCUUUGUCCUCAGGAGCAGAAUCCUUGACUUUUGGCUGGGCAUAUGGUCUAGAAUAAAGACAUUCCCCAGCCUCCCAUGUAGGUGAGGCUGCAUGCUCAAGUUCCAGCCAGUGAGAAGCAGCAGAUUCCAGGAACUUUCCUUAAAAGACAGCUGGCAGGUACGCUUGGUUUCCUUUUUCUUUAGCCCUUCUUUCUCCCUGUGGCUGGAAGACGAGAUGUUAUGGCAGGGGCUUCAGCAGCCAUAUUGGACUGUGAGGAGACUUUGGGACCAGAGAUCACACACAGCAAAGUAACAAGAGAAGGAGCCUGGGCCUUGGAGUAGACCAUGGAGUAGAGCUGACAUGCCGGCUCUGGACUGCCAGCCUCUAGAUUUUAUGCAAGCAACACAUUUCUGGUUUGUGUCUCUGUUACCAAUAUUUGUAUCUGUGCCCACUCUUGACUGAAAAACAUGACAAUAGAGAAAUGCAAAAUAAGACAAUGAACUAUCAUGUUUCACUUGUGAGAUUGGUAAGAACUAAAAGGUGAUCGGGUAGCCUAGUGCUGCCGUUAAUGGACUCCUGCCCUGGCCUUCUCAGCUGUGGGAACUUGGAUGAAGUGUGCCACGUCUGCGGCUCACCUUCCUCACCUAAAAACUGACUGUAGAAAACAGCACCACCCGCAGAGUCCCCGCGAGAAAUCAGUGCCUACAACAGUGCUGGGCCUGAGUGUGCAAUACAGUGUCCGGUGACCAAUACUACUUAGCUAGCACAUCUGAUGCGGGGUGAGGUGAGGGUGGGACAUGUUCACGCAGAAGGAGGGUAAAAGGUAGUCAGCCGUCUUGGAGGGCUGUGCCUGUCAAAACUCUAAAACUACACACAAGACUCCGCCCAGGGUGCCCCCUCUGACGCAGCGAUUCUACCUGGGAACCUGAAACCCUGGGGCCAGAUGCGUUGCAGCUUUCGGGAAGGUAACCUGGUGCACACGUCCUGUUCCAUGCCACUCUUCCACAGAGUCUGGGGCUGCCCCAUGCUGCAGGCCACUUGGGGUGUUCACCUCCACCACAGCUGGGAGUUCUGGGGAGUGAAGCCCCGGGGGCAACCCUCAGCUGGCAGGGCCCAGGGCCAGGUGGGUAAGUGCCCGGCAGUUCUCCAGAGGAGUUGCCCUCUUGCCCAGGGCCCUCUGCAGCGACCUCCACAGUGGCCCUCGGGUUGGCUCCUCCUUAUUCCUGUCUCACCCCCCUUCCUCCCCCUGCUUCCUGCUGUCACCUUCCAAGUAAACCACCUGCACCCACGUCCUGUCUCAGGCGCCGCUUUUGGGAAACCCAGCCUGAGACAACCCCUAAAACACAUUACUCUCUUCAGCAAGCUGCGCACGUAUUCACAGGACGGGGCAUAAACAAUGGCCUUGCAUCAAUCUGGGUCAGGUUUGCCACCAAACAGGUAAAGAAAAGGAGUAUAGUUUUCUGAGCAUUUGGAUUUCGCGGACGUGGACAAGGGACUGGUCUGUACCGCGGGCGCACAGAGGCGCACCCCUCCUGUGCGCUCCGUGUGGGUGCAGGCCGCCCCGGGGCACAGGCUGCACCUAGAGGAACCGGAUGCGGACGCUGAGGGCCCUGCCCCCACGGAGCUGACGUGCGCGACACAGGUGCAUGACCAAGGCCACAUGGCCUCUGGCAACACUGGGAAGGAGAUUCCUAGGGUGGGGGGAAAGUAGGCCGCCUUCGAUGGGGGGCCCAAGGGCGGAGGGUGGGGAGGCGGUGUCUGGGAAAGGAUCUGGUGGAGCCUAGGAGCAUCAUCCAGGCAAAGAGAAGAGCAGGUGCAAAGGCCCUGGGGCAGGGUGGGGGUUUCUUUGAGGAGGAAGAAGGAAUUCAGCGAGGGAGGCGCAAGAGCUGGCAGGUGGGAGGGUGAGCGCAGGCCACUCCAUGCCUUAGAGCCAAGCGUUUCUAGCUUAGAGAACAGAUAGGUACUGAAGAAUGCUCGAAAGAGCCUCAGUGGUUGCUGGGGUUGUGGGUGGUGUAUGAGCGCCCGCAGGGCAAACGCGGACCAGCCGCGCGGGGUUUGCUGCCCACCCAGCGCCCAUGUCCUCUUUGUCCUAACGGUUACCCACAGCCCCGCACCCUCCACCACGGGUGCUCCUGAUUGGCCUACGGCGACCACACCCUCUGCCUGUGAUAGGCCGGGAGUGGGCAUGUGGCCAGGCCCGGCCAAUGAAACACCAGGGAGGCUGGGUAGGUCGCCUUGGACGCGGCUGGCCUCGCGGGUGACUGGCCUGUGAGGCCAACCCCAGGUGGGGGAGAGGAGGGCAGGAGGACGCAGCUUCUGUCCCCCAGGAGCCGCGUGCCCCGGCGCUCCCUGCCUCGCGGAGCUGUGGCUGUGCUGUGGGCCGCGUGAGGCGUGAGGCGUGAGGCGUGAGGCGGAUGGGGGUUGCCGUCACACGGGCAGAGAGCCUCCCGCCGCGCGGCAGGUGGCGCGUCCGUCAGGGGAAGGGGCCACAGCCGAGCGAGCGCGCUUGUUUUAACACUGGCGUGUGUAGGUGCAUUUUCCGUAUGUGGAAGCUCAGGCAUUCUCUGAAUGAAAAUAUUUUGAAAUAACUUGAUUGUCUAAGAUUUCACUUUAAAUACUGAUACUUUGAAAGGAGCAUUAGAGGAGAGAAAGCACACAGAUCAAAAAGAUGGAUUUUUCCCAAAGUGAGCACCCCCAAGACAGGGGCUCCCGGUGAAGACUCAGGACACCAGGACCUUCGCAGCCCCGCCAGUCCCCUGUCGGGGGCUACAGGGACAGCCUCUCCUGAAUAUCUGUCCUGGACUUCAUGUGAGCAGAAUCGUGUGGUACGUACUUCUUUCCCCCGGCGACGUGUCUGUGAGGUUCGUUCAUGUUGAGUGUAGCAUUCGUGUUGGAUCAUUCUCAGUGCUGUGAAAUGCACCACAGUUGAUUUAUUCAUUCCACCGUUGAUAGACAUUUGGGUUAGUUCCAGUUUGGCUCCGUGAUGAGUAAAGCUGGUAUGAACAUUCUUUCACAAGGCUUUCGGUGGGCAUAUGUACGCAUUCCUGCUGAGCAUAAACCUAGGAAUAAAUCGCUUAGUCACAGGACGUAUGUGUGUCCAGCUUCCCUAGAUAUGACCAGAGUUUCCAAAAUGUUUGUACCAGUUUACCCACCCAUCGCUGCCUUGUGGCCAAACUUGAUACAUUCUUAAUACAUUUCAUUUUAGUCCCUCCACUGGGUGUAUAAAUUGCUAAUCACUGUGAUUUUAAUUUGCAUUUCCCUGAUAACGAAGUUGAGCACUUUUUCAUAUCUUUACUGGCCAUUUGGUUUUCCUCUCUCGAGCAAUGCCUGUUCAAGUCCUUUGCCCGUGUUUCUAUUUGGUAAUCUCCCCUUGUCUCAUUGAGUUUCAAUUAAGAGUCCUAUUGCAAAUAGCUUUUUCCACUCUGUGGCCUGCCUUUUCCUCACAACGCUCCAUGCUGUCCCGGGCCCUGGCAUCACCCGGGCUCAGGUCAUAGAAGGGGCCUUUUGUAAAGUGACUCAAGGCUGGGAAGAGAACAGAUGUUCUUCGCGUAAUAAGCUACAAGGAGGAAAAACGGCCAGAGGUGAAUCUUUGCAGUGUGAACAGGCUGGCUGGCUUUUAUAAAAGUACUGCUGUUGGACUAGACCCCAAGAGGGCCUCUGCUCCUCCCUCUCCUUCCCUGGAGCCCUGAGCCCCCACCCUUUCCCCACUGAGCAGCGGCAGAACCAGGUAAAGCUGCGACUAACAGCCCAUGCAGGAGACUGGACUCGGAGGUGGCGGAUCAGCAGAGAAAAGGAAUCACAAGGAGCAAGCCCUCUGUGCCAGCAGCCAGGGAGCAAGGUCAUGUAAAAGAACAUCAGAGCACAUGUCUCUCACACUUACAGCCUGCAGCGGCUACCACUUGCACUUUGAAUUCAUCACGGACAACUCGCAGGAGUCCACAUCCAGGCAGGAUAUGAUCGGCGUCAGACGAAUGCGAGACAAGAGGACUUGUCUGUGGGGUCCUCUGCUCUGUCCUCGGAGUCCCAGCAUGUGCCUGAAGGUCGCUGGAGUCGCCCCUGGGAUCCUGUGCCGGCUCCACCAGCUGGACAGUGUGUGCUCGGUAGACGACAGCCAAGGCGACUUGCUGGGGUGGCCAGAGCUCACUGAGGCCACUGCGUCUCCUGCGGCCGCGGCACUGUCCCUCACUGAGCUGCAGACUCUGGUGGCAAGGAGGGCCCUCCUUCAGGAUGCAAACUCAAGUGGCAGAAAUGCAGCUUCCAGGAGCGAAACUUCAUCUUUUCCUGGUCCCUGCCACGCUCCUGCCUCUUGCUCUGCCCACUGCCCCUUCCGGGCACGCUCUGCCUGGACGGAGGUUCCUCCAGUGCGUCAGGCCCUCCUCGGACCCCUCUCUCCUGGGCGUGUGUCGGUGCCAGCCGUGGGGCUCCCUCCCACCAGCAGCCCUGUCUGUCCCCAGCCCAGGCAGCGCCCACACCCACCCCAAUGCCCACCAGGACCCCUGAGGCUGCCCGGUGCCGCCCACCAGCACUCUGCCCCGCUGCUCUUGGUCCCAGCACUCACAGAGGCGUCUCCAAGGGCCCCGGCCCUGCACCCCCUCACCUCCCCACUGUCCUCGGGAAAAGCUGGCUUCCCCGGGUCCUGCCCAGGGGUUGGGCUCGAGUCUCCUUUGCUCUCUCUGACACACGUUUUACAUUUUUAUCUCAAAAUUCAAAGCUGAGCCUUAAUUUCUGUGGGUACAACCACAUCCUGAAUGCAGUGAGUCUAGAAUGUUCUGGGCUGGAGAACACUGAGGGGUAUAAGUCGGUGGUGGUGAGGGUGGGGUAUCACAAAAGACAGCAUGGGUUGCCGCUUGGGCUCGGGCAGGGCCCCUGGGGCCUCUCGGGAACCUCACGCAUCCUUGAGAAGAAUUAGGCCGGACCGCCCCGAACUGGGGCAGGUGCGAGGAAUCUGGGCCGAGGGCCUGGCUGGUCCCCAGGGCUGGGCCUCGUGCACUGGCGCCACUCUGCCACCUGCCCUGCGGGAGGUGCCCAGGGCAGGGCCACAGGCCACCCCCAGUCAGUCCCUGGCCCUCCUGUGCACACAGCCCUUUGCUGCCUCCUGGCUUCAUUUCUGGCCACAGAGCAGCUCAGUGGCAGGGCUACCCUCCUUGACGCUGGGGCGUGGCCUUUUUCUAGGUGUAUCACACUGGCGGGGAGCCAGAGACCCAGCGCUGCCCAUGGGCGCAUCAGCGCUGGCGCACAGGUGCUCCAUAGACUGUUGCGGACCGCUUGCUGAUGACGUGAAGCCCCCGGUGCGUAGUAGAUGCUCAGCAAACAGGAAACAAGCCAGAGGGCCCGUGUGCAGGUGGCUCCCAGGAGCCAGGAGCCCUGACUUGGGCAGACCUCCCAGCCCUCAGGGCUCACUUCAUACCCAGGACUCCCAUGUCACCCCCACCAAGCAAAUGCCACCUCUCUUGGCUUCGGUGCUCUGCUGCCCACCCUUGGGGGCUCCCCUGCUCCACCUGGGCAGAGCUCGGCUGCCCGCCUGGCAGGGCCCGCUUGACCUCCACGUCCUCUCCCGCUGCCCUCCCCAGGUGGCCCUCUAGGUGGAGGGCUGCCCCUUCCUCAGCGAGGACACAGACUGGUGGGCCCUGGGGCUGAGGACAGAGGGAGGGCCUGGCACAGCCCCUGAGUACCCUCUCUGGGACAGCCCGUCUCGAGGAGAGUGAGGCCCAGACCAUGGGGAGGGUGGGGACAGGAGUCCUGUGUCUGUCCUGCCCUGAGGUCUGGUCUGGCUGGGGUGGACCUCACCCUCUGGACCGUGCUUGUCUUGCAUGGCCAGGGCUUGGGCUGACCAGCUCAGACUCCCCAGAAAGGCUGCCCCUUCCUCGGUUUGGGGUCCUUGUGCCCACUCGGCCUCCUUUCUCCUUUCUCUGGUCUCAGAAGCCCUUCAUCCCUUCCCUGCCCCCUGACACAGGGCUCUUCAUCCCCUCUACCUGCCUAGGCACGCCCGUCUCUGCUGAGCCCAGAGCCCAAUUAGGACACACGUGUGCAGGAGGCUGCCUCUUGCUCUCUGCACAGUGCCCUCACCUGGCACUCCCAGCCCCUAAGCGCUGCCCACCCCAGGAGGGUAGCCCCUGCUCUCCUCCCCAGCCUGAAGUCUAGGUGCCGCACACAUGUGUGCAUGUGUCUGUGAACUUCCAAGCUCAACACGGCCCACAAGGGCCUCUGCCCUUGGCCAGUAGGCCUGGAAUGAGGAGAAAAUCACAGCUGGACGCCUGAGACUAGGGAAGCUAGAAGAGGAGAGGGCUUGGAGCCCCAGGGUGGAGACCCAAGCAAGAGCCAAGGUAGGAGAAGCACUGGGGGCCAGGGUUCAGCCCAGCAUAAGGAGGGACUCUAACCUUUGCAGGAGAUCAGAGAUGGGCAGGUGGAAGUGAGCUCCCUGGCCCUGGAGGUGUGCAAGUACAAGCUGCAUAGCUGGAGGCAGGAAUAUUGUAGAGGGGGUUCAAUUAUCAGAGGGGUUGGAAUAGAUGGAAUUUAGGACCUCUUCUACCCCCAGAUCCAAGGAAUUUGGGGAGUUCCCUGCCUUAGUGUGUCAGGCAUUAUGACUUUCCCAGGGGAAUCUUACAAAUGCAAAAGAAUGGAUUGAGAAUGAUAGAUUGGAGCCUCAGUGACUGUGUGUGUGUGUGUGUGUGUGUGUGUGUGUGCACACCUACCCAAGGUUGUACACCUACCCAAUGUACAACCUUGGGUGAGCCCCUCACCCUCUCAGCUCAGGUUCUACGACGUGGAGGUGUGGUCCCAGGUCCCAGGCACAGUCCCAGCAGCUGCCCAGUCUGCCAGGGGCUGCUGGGGCAGCAGUGAUAUUGAAUGCAGAUGUGUUUCAGCAGUAGGAGUUGAUGCGAUCUUUGUCCACUCAGGCAACAAGGAGCCUGUGAAGGUUCUUGAGUGAGGCAGUGGCAUCUGAUUGUGAAUACUUGCAGCUUCAGAUCUGAAAAGGACCUUUGGGUUAGGGGUGGUAGUCAAGGCCUCCCAGAAAUAAUGAAAAUGGGGUUGGUCCAAGAGAAAGGUGCAGUGGGGCAGAGGCGGAGAGCUGGGGUGGAGGUAGUCCUGGCGCACCUCGCACUGUGUUGCUCCGCGGCCUGGAGGGAGGGGCUGCAGAUGCCCAUGGGGUGGGUCCAGGGUGCUCCACUGUGCCCUGUGUGUGCGCAUAUGUUUGCACAUACACCUGUAUGUAUAUGUGUGUCUUGGUGUGUAUAGUACAUGUGUAUGUGUGUCUUGGUGUAAACGGUACGUGUGUGUCUUAUAUGCACAUGUGUGUGCUGUACGCCAUGUGUCUUUGUGUGUCGUGCGGCUGUGCCUCCCUGUGUACGCCUGUUUCCUGCUGUCACAGCAAGAGCACGCACACAGGCCACAGCGUCUGGCCGAGGGCAGAGGAAUUCUUUAUUUCCAUGGCCUUCCAUGGUGAUUAAGUCUCCAAACUUUUCCUUAACCAUCAUUUCUUCAAAAUGAAAAACCAAAUUGCAUCUCCAAGCAGCUUAGAAAUCGAUUUCUUUCAAAAUGAACUUUUGCAGAAGUGAUUCCAAAGAGAAAUAAGAGGAAGAAGGUAGGAGGAGUGUGUGGGGUGGGGACAGAGCAGCUGCCAGGGCCACCGGGGGCCUGGCUGGGGGAGGAAGGGGGGCAGGCAGGAGGCCCUGGGCCAGCAGGCACCCUGGGUCCCCGGCUGGGCUGGCCUCUCGUGUCCAGCCUCAGUCAGGAGGGGACUUGCUUCAGCUGCAGCCCGGCCGGCUGCUCCAUGACAACCCUUCUCUGGGGGCCUGGUCUGGGAGACUUGGGGAGGUGCCCAGCGUGUGCACGGCCUGAGCUGCUCUGGGCAGAACAACGGCGGGUCUCAAUCAUAAAUGCAGGAAUGAUGUGGCCGCCAGGUCUUGAGCCGGUGCUGGGCCAAGUGCUUUCCCACAUGAUCUCACUUAAUUCUCACAUCAGCCCCAGGUGGGUGUGAUCAUCCGUCUUAGCGGUGAAGAAAGCAAGAGCCCCCAGCCCAGAGAGGCUAGUGAGUUUGGAGAGCACAGUGGAGAGGAUGGAUGGGAGGGGCUCAACACCGUGCCCAGGGCACUGCGGGUUAGCAGAUGUCAGAAUUCCUGCCCCAGGAGGGCCACAGCCAAGGAGGAAAGGAAGGAAGCCAUGGCCCUGUGUGCCUCGGGGCUUGUUGAGUCAACGAGCCCUGGCAGAGGAGUUUAUUAACUCAUUUCAUCAUAAGGAACUAAAGCUCAGAGAGGUAGAGGUCACACAGCAGGAAGAGAACCCAGAUCCUCCUGGGUCUGAAGCCUGUACCUCACCACCCAGAGCAUCUGGGGAGGGCUUCCUGGAGGAAGUGGCUUCCAAGGUUGAGGAGGGAGCUGCAGCAAAGAGGAAGCUGCGCAAUGACAGGCACAGGGGGAAAGAUUGAGGAUGGCAAGGAGGAGGCCAGCGUGGGUGGACUUAAGGCACUCAAAGGUUGGUGGGGUGGGGAGGGGAUGCGGACGGGUCCAGGCCAAGUCCGCCCCUGUGAUGGGGGCAGAGCUGAGGGAGGCCCAGCAGAGAGAGGCCUGCUCUGCCAGGACUGUCAGAGGAGUGGCCCCAUGGGGAGACUGGUGUUAAUGGCAGGGAAGGGAUGGGCAGGGCCGCCUGGCAGAGGGCAUGGCAGGGAGAGGCGAGGGGUGGAUGGCGCACUGAGCGGGCGCUCACGAGGUGCUGGGCACGGCCCUGAGGGCCUCCUGUGAAGGAAUCCAACCACCAGCCAGGUGGGUGUGGUGACGGCGACAAGCCUGUUUUACUGUCGGGGACG